AUGGACUCAGAAUCUGCGAAGUACGAGCAGAAUGGUAAAUGGGCUGCCGGUCAAUUUUACGAACUUACCUACUCGUACCGUGUUACCGAAUGGUUGGUCACCCAACUAUAUAGUCGUUUACCAAAUCAGGGUUAUUGUGGAACAAGCUAUCUAGCAUAUUAUACUAGUACACUGCCCGCAUAUUAUGAGGAAACGGUUAUCGCUUGUCAUUCAUACGAUGGUGUCAAACGUGUACAAGCAGUUGAAUGUAAACUUAUCAGUCUCAAAGAGAAAACAACACUAUCUAUCCCGAAAAUCACUACCAUUAACAAUUUCGGUUUUGAAAAGAACGGUCGUCGUGUUCACCGUGCCUGGAAUAUAGGAUCAGGAAAACUCAUUCAAUGGAAAGAUCUGAAACAAUCGACAACGGCAUCUCGUAACGUCACAACGGCCGAAAUUCAUCAUGACAUUCAGACAUCGCCCAGUAAAUUACAUGAAUGUCCAGAAGAAGGCUGUAUAGCUGCAUUUAUAAAAAAGAGCAAUUUGAUCACUCAUAUGGCAAGCGGUAAACACCGUCGCAAGGUUGAACGUAUUCCAAUGAAAGAUCAAGCCAUGCAAAUGUAUCAUUCAAAAUUUCGGUGA